AUGGCGAGGAAAUCAAAGAAGAGAGAGGAGGUUAAGGAGAGUGAUAACAAGCAACAAUCUGGAACAGAAAGUGAUCAUUCAGAAGGGAAGCUAACUCAUGGUGACGACAAUUCAAGGAAGAUCCAGCUAAGCUCAAACUCAGGUAAACCUUCUAAUUCGAACUUGAUUUUUGAAGAUCUGUGUAAACGGAAGGUGAUUGAGGUUCGUGAGAGCUCAGAUGCUCAGAAUCAAGCAAGAUCUGAUAAGUCUGAGGCUGGUAAGGUAGCUGGGGAUAAAGGUGUUGAGCAAGAACAGAAGGUGAUUUAUGAGUGGAAACCACUGAAAUGUAACAACUGCAGUGGAUAUGGUCAUGAUCUGAAACAAUGCAGGAAGCCAGUUGAAAAAAAGUGGACUCUCAAAACAAAAGGAAAACAGAAGGAAGUUCAGGAAUCUAAACAAGCAGUGGUGGUGGAAAAUCCAAAACAGCAAUCUCCAAAAUCUCACACAACAUCAUUAAGAAAGGAGAGUACUACUGAGUUUGGAGAAGGAAGCAUACAGAUAUUAAACCAUAAAGGCAUUAAGAUGCCUGACAGUAGAGGAGAUAUUAAGAAUAGAUCCAUCAAUAGUAUUUGCUAUCAAGGAACUAGUCACCCUAAUCCAGGGCCUAGGAUUUCAGAUCAUCAUCCUCUUUUAGUAAAAUGUGGAGAGGAAUAUGUUGGGAAGAAGAAAUCCUUCAGAGACUUGAAUAAAAGGAAAUUUUCAAACAUUGAAGAGGCAGAAUUACAGUGGAGGAAAAAAUUGGAAGAUGUUCAAGAAGCUUUGAAGACUGAUCCAUUUAAUACACAACUUCAACAGGAGUGUGGUGCUGAUAUUCAUACUGUGACAAGAGUGAAGAAGAUAAUAGAAAAUUUUGAGGCUACCACUGGACUAAGAGUCAACUUCAACAAAUCUAAUGUCUAUGUGGCACGAGUAUCUGAAAAUAUAGCUAAUCAAAUUCAAUCCAUUCUGGGAUUUAAGAAGGGAAGCUUUCCUAUGAAAUACCUUGGGAUGCCAAUAUCACCAACUGCAUGGAGUAAAUUGGAAUGUCAAAGCAUGGUGGAUAAAGUAAUGGCAAGGAUAAAAUGCUGGACCUCUAAGCAUCUAUCAUAUGCAGGCAGGUCCUUACUUAUUAAUGCUGUUUUGAUGAAUUUAAAUUCCUAUUGGGCUAGCAUUUUUCUUAUUCCACAGAAUGUGAUCCAAGACAUAGUCAAAGUUUGUAGACACUUUCUUUGGGGAAGUAAGGAGGAUGGAAGGAAGCUGCCUCUAGUAGCAUGGAAUGAUGUGUGUCAGAAGAAAUCAGAAGGUGGCCUAAAUAUCAAGGAACCUAAUUUGUGGAAUAAAGCCAUGAUCACUAAGCAGUUAUGGGAUCUGAGUAACAGAAAGGAAAGUUUGUGGGUUAAAUGGAUGCAUAUGUACUACAUAAAAGGCAGAUCAGUAUGGGAUUGUAGAGCUCCAAAGAACAGCAGUUGGCAUUGGAAGAAACUACUGAAAAUCAAAGAGGCUAUGAAAGCUGGGAUUAGUAAUGGUAAAUGGAUGGGAAACGGAGGUAAGCAGUAUACAGCAAGUAGCGGAUACACAUGGCUGAGAGGAGAACACAGGAAGGAUCUUGCUGCAAAGGUAGUCUGGUGUUGUUACUCAGUGCCAAAACAUAGCUUCAUAAGCUGGUUGGCCUGGAAACACAGAUUGAAUACUGGGGAGCGGUUGCAACAACUGAAUAUUGUUGCUGAUGAUAUAAGGUGUGUUCUGUGUGAAUUAGAAACUGAAACUGCUAAUCACUAA